GAUUUCCUGGCUGUCUACUGGCCGGCGGUCUUUGCCGUGGCUACCAUGGCCAUGAUGUCUGUGGUAGACUACCACCAGUGCGAUUGGCCACCCAAGCUGAAUCUGACUGGAUCACAAGCCGCCCAGUUCAUCCUGGCGCCAGUGUGGCUGUGCACGGGGCUGCCCACCCUGAUUCUUAUGCCGAUAUUGGCCAAAGUCAGCUCAAAGCACGGAUUCAGCCCGAAGGACAAGCUUUCCUUGAUGUGGUGGCACGUGAACCUCUUCUGGUUCCACACCGGCUGCGACGUCUUUAGCGGCUACUUUCAGGUCAUGCCUGUGCUGACAGAACUCUACACUCGGAUGAGCCCAGCACAUUCUUACCCUCGAUGGCACCCGAAUCGAGUUCACUUUGACUGCGCCUAUUUCCUUGAACUGAUUAUCGAGGCCCCUUUUGCGGCGCUGCUGGUGUAUCUCUUUCUGGUCCAGGACCACAGACGCUACUUAGUCGAACUCUUUGCGUUAGCCGUGCAGUUUGCUGGCACAGUGAUGUACUACGCACCCGGGAUCAUGAAUCUGGAGCAUGCCUGCUGGCUCAGUUGGGCUGACAAAGCAUGCGGUAGCGUCUGGAUAAUUUUCCCAGCCUACGUCUUCUGGCGCGCGCUGAGCACUCCCAGGAACGGCAAUGCGAAGAAGGCUUCCUGA